AGACGCAGCGAGCCGCGUUCAGAAUGUAACGUCCAAUCAAGAAACGAUGUUCACGGAUAGACCAAUCGUCGUGCACAGGGCUAAAUUUGCGCUGACGCUGUCCUAUAUAAGCUUGACUCGGUCGAGCGCUGAGACAUUCUUGAUCUCAAUCAAGUCGCUCGAAACUUCGCAAUGGCUAGAACCAAGCAAACCGCUCGUAAAUCCACUGGUGGUAAGGCACCACGUAAACAGCUGGCCACCAAGGCUGCAAGGAAAUCAGCACCAGCUACCGGAGGUGUUAAGAAGCCCCAUCGUUACAGGCCCGGCACUGUCGCCCUGAGAGAAAUCCGUCGUUACCAGAAGAGCACUGAGCUUCUGAUCCGCAAACUGCCAUUCCAACGUUUGGUCCGUGAGAUCGCUCAAGAUUUCAAGACUGACCUGCGCUUCCAGAGCUCUGCAGUUAUGGCUCUCCAAGAGGCCAGCGAGGCUUACCUUGUCGGUCUCUUUGAAGAUACCAACUUGUGUGCCAUCCACGCCAAGCGUGUCACAAUCAUGCCCAAGGACAUCCAGCUUGCCAGACGUAUUCGUGGUGAGCGUGCUUAAGCAAACUCCUCCCUCUUUGCCCCAAAACAGCCAUCAACGGUCCUUUUUAGGACCAACACAUAUUCCUAAAUUAGCUUUUGAGUUGACGUUAUGUCAUUUAUUGCCACCACACACCACCGGAGCUCUAAUAUAUGUAUACAUUUUGCA